AUGGCUGAAAGCAAAAUACCCAGCUUCAAAGUAACUUUUGUCGGACCAGCCAACGUAGGAAAGACAUCACUCCUUGUCAGACUCGAUAAGGAUCAAUUCAAUCCAGCAACAAUCGCUCCAACAGCUUCAAUGCAAUGUUUCCCACACAAUUAUACAACAAGCACCGGAAAAGAGAUACAGGUUAAUUUUUGGGAUACAGCCGGCCAAGAAAGAUUCAAAGGUCUCGGUUCACUUUAUUAUCAAAAUUCACAGCUUUGCAUUGCUGUUUUUGAUUUAACACAGCCAGAAUCUUUCAAGGAUGUCAUUGAUUACAUUGACAAAUUUAACGAAUAUUCAGCAAACGGCCAAGGAAAUAUUAUUUUAGCAGCAAAUAAGCACGAUUUAGCUGAAGAUGUCGAUAUAACAAGCUUCAUUGAGUAUGCUGAUGGAAAAGGCUAUUCCCUUUUCUUAACUUCCGCUAAAACAAAGGAAGGAAUUGAAGAUUUAAGACUUAAUAUUAUUGAUCGCUUAGAUCCAUUUAAGCAGGAGGCAUACAAAGAAGAACAGGUCGCAAUGGGCCAAAAAGACGAUGGAAUCGAUAUUACAAUCUCCGAUUCAAAGCCAAAGGAGAAGAAAUGCUGUUAA